CAGGCAGCUGCAGUAAGCCACCAUGUCCGUGGCCCAGCAGCAGAACCAGGUGAUCCUCCAGUUCCACUUCGGAACCUUCGGAGACUCCAUGCUGCAGAAAAUGAACCUGCUCCGCCACCAGACCAGAUUCUGUGACGUCACUGUGCGCAUCAAUGACCUGGAGGUCCCGGGUCACAAGGUGGUGUUGGCAGCUGGUUCUCCCUUCCUCCGGGACCAGUUCUUCCUGCAGGACUCAUCCACGAGGGAGGUCCAGAUCUCCAUGAUCCAGGAGGCGGAGGUAGGCCAGCAGCUGCUCCUGUCCUGCUACACGGGAACCCUAGAGCUGCCUGAGAUAGAGCUGGUCAACUACCUAACUGUGGCCAGCUUCCUCCAGAUGGGCCAUGUAGUGGAGCAGUGCACCCAGGCUCUCAAGAAGUUCAUCCAGCCGCGACCCUGCCAGGUGAAACAGCAGCCUCGGGAGGAGGAAGGAGAUGGAGAGACUCUCAGAGCCUCUCAUGCCCAGAGAGUACAGGAGCUGCCCCAAGCACAGGUAGUGAAUUGUGAGGUGGAGGAGGAUGAUGAAGAUGAUGAUGAUGAUGAUGAUGAUGAUGUGACAAUUCAGCUGAUGACCCCUCCCCAGAGGCAGAAGCAAGACAGGAGUGAGGGCGAGGAGAGCCCCAUCGUUAAGGUGGAGUCCGUGUGUGAGCGGGUGUCUGAGAUGUCUGAACGCCCCUCUACCUCCACCGCAGUGCGCUUUCCCACCAGCCCCUCAUUGUCGAUACACUCCCUCGAGCCCCAGCACUCUCUCAUCAACUCCACAGUGGACACCCGGGCUAGCGAAAUGACCAUGCCACCCAUGCCAGGAUACCCACUCAGCCCCCUUCCACUACCCAUCUCAGCCAUAGGGAGACCCAAUCUGGGGGGGCACCUACGAAACUCAGACAAAUCCCUUCAGUGGUACCACCAGUGCCCAAAGUGUACCCGCGUGUUCCGCCAGCUAGAGAACUACGCCAACCACAUCAAGAUGCACAAGCUGUUCAUGUGCCUGCUGUGUGGCAAGAUGUUCACCCAGAAGGGUAACCUGCACCGGCAUAUGCGGGUCCACGCUGGCAUCAAGCCCUUCCAAUGCAAGAUCUGUGGCAAGACCUUCACUCAGAAAUGCUCUCUCCUGGACCACCUGAACUUACACAGCGGAGACAAGCCCCAUCGCUGUAACUACUGCGACAUGGUGUUUGCACACAGGCCCGUGCUCCGCAAACACCUCAAACAGAUCCACGGCAAGAAUAGCUUUGACAACGCCAAUGAGAGGAGCCAACUACACGACGGGAUUCUGGACUUUGAGUAUGGGCAUCUGCAGGACUGUAGCAUGGACAAUAGCGUGAACAAUAAGCCUGUUCUUAUGGGUGACUCUCUGUAGCACUGUAUCACGUUACAUUUCUGCUGAGUCACAAAUGAAUAGCUGUGUAGUUGUGUUAGCUGAAUUGUAAACCACACUGUAAGGUACUUGAAGAAGAGUUACUGUAAAAUGAGUACCAAAAAUAUGAACUGAAAUGAUUUGUCCUCAUGAGUAUUGUUUGGCUAAGGAAGCCUACAGUAGAACCAAAGUGAUGAUAGUGUGUCUGUAGAACAUAAUGUUUUUUUUAUCGUCAAUGAUGGCUCUUUUGGAAAUGGGGUAGACAAUAUACACUAUCGUUCAAAAGUUUGGGGUCACUUAGAAAUGUCCUUGUUUUUGAAA